CUGAUUGUGCAAUCCAUUUCUACUGUAUAUAACCAUCAGGAAUAAAGUUUCAAACAUACUUGCUUCGCCUGCUGUUAGAGGUACAUGUAGGUUUUCAGAAAUCACCCUGAGCAAAAACAUCUGUGAGUCGAUGUCGUCAAGGAUCAUCAUGUCAGCCGAAUCCAGCACGAUCUCCGUCAGAGAAGCUCUGAGACUGUGUAAGGUCACCACGGAUAUUGACGAAAUCAUCGCCAUGACGAAACACGAGAGUGCGCAGGUGCGUCAGAAGGCCCUGAAGGAAAUGUGCCCGUGUCGUGUGAAGAAGGACCUCAGCGACUUCUGGAGAAGGGUGUUUGAAAUGGUGCACGACGAAGCCACGAACGUCCGUGAGCAGGUGCUCCACACGAUCUGUGACGGCUCGCCCAGCCACCUGGAAAUGGAGGUGGCCGACGCCUUGGAGGUGUUUAACAGGGACCCCGACCCAUACAUCCGCCGCAGGGCUCACAAGGCUUUUACAGCUUACCACCGGACCGGCAAAUGGAACAUACUCUGAAUGGCAACGUGAGUCAGGGUGGGCAGUUUUGAGUCAGCUAUGGAAUCAAACCGGACAGCGUAAACGAGGAGGCA